AUGACUAUAGAAGAUAGAAGUGUGGCCUCUUUUAAUGAAAGUUUCAAUGUUUCGUCCAAUGUGGCGAUCAUUGUUCCGGAUAAAGGCGUUCAGGUCACUUAUCGGGACCUUUCCCAUAUGACGGGGCAUUUUCAAACCAUGUUCCACUCCCCCGACUCUCCACUAUACGACCUGAUUGGAAGGCAGUCUUCGGUAGCUAUUUCAAUGCCCAAUGGUCUCGAGUUCAUAACGGCAUUUUUGGCUUCGACAAUGGAUGGGAAGAUCGGAGCUCCUUUGAAUCCCAACUAUCGAGCCGAGGAAUUUAAUUUUUACCUGAAUGAUCUAAAGGCUAAAGCUAUUUGUGUCCCCGAGGGAACAGUUCAAAAAGGAGCCGAGGCCGAAAUCUUGAAAGCGGCAGCCAAGUUUGGUUGCUACAUCGUGGAACUCGCCUUUAACAUCGACAGAUUCAGAGUAGAGUACACGGUUUUCUCCCCUAAGGAUGGUUACAAGAGGAAAAUAUACUCAUCUCUCGACAAGGCCGUAUUUGUAAAUCACAGCAAUAAGUUUCCCGGCUACGCAAGGUCUUCGGAUGUGGCCCUUAUACUACAUACUAGUGGUACAACGUCGGCUCCGAAGACUGUUCCUCUCUUGCAUUUGAACAUUGCAAGAAGUAUGCGUAACAUUGCAGACACCUACAAGCUGACCGCCCACGACCGCUCAUAUGUUGUUAUGCCACUAUUUCACGUACACGGAUUAAUCGGUGUUUUGCUGUCAACACUGUGGACCCAAGGUUCUGUAGUAGUACCACCCAAAUUUAGUGCUCAGAAAUUUUGGUCUGAUUUCAUUACCUGGGGCUGCAACUGGUUCAGUUGCGUUCCGACUAUAAGCAUGAUCAUGCUUAACAACCCUAAACCACAGCCAAUGCCCAAGAUCCGCUUCAUUAGAUCUUGCUCCUCUGCCUUAGCUCCGGCAACAUUUCGGAAGCUUGAGCAUGAAUUUCAAGCUCCUGUCUUAGAGGCCUAUGCCAUGACCGAGGCAUCUCACCAGAUGACCUCCAAUAACCUGCCUCCCGGAAAAAGAAAGCCUGGAACUGUAGGUCAACCCCAGGGCGUGGAAGUCUUUAUUUUAGACGAAAAGGACAACGUGUUGCCGCAAGGGUCCCAGGGUGAAGUUUCCAUACGAGGCGAGAAUGUUACGCUAGGGUAUGCACACAACGAGAAAGCCAAUCGUGAGAAUUUCACAAAGCGUGAAAAUUACUUCCGUACAGGCGAUCAAGGGUACUUUGACCCCGAGGGGUUUCUGGUGCUGACAGGCCGAUUGAAAGAAUUAAUUAACCGUGGAGGCGAAAAGAUUUCCCCCAUCGAGCUAGAUGGUGUAAUGUUGUCGCACCCCAAGGUCGAUGAGGCGGUCUCAUUUGGAGUUGAGGACAACAAAUAUGGACAAGUAGUAAACGCCGCUGUAGUGUUGAAGACGGGGCAAAAGCUGGACUACAAGGAACUGUCAGACUACAUGCGCAAGAGCUUGGCUUCCUUCAAAGUUCCUACACGUAUAUUCUUCGUGGAUAAAUUACCCAAAACCGCAACCGGAAAAAUCCAGCGGCGGAUCAUAGCAGAGGUUUUCACAGGAAAGAGUAAAUUAUAG